AUGUUUUCUUGGCCACAAUCAGAAACGCUUCCUUCGACUGUCAACUCUACACUUUCGUCAGCAAUAGAUGCUAGUGAAUCGCUAGCGAAACGAGUUUUGGCGAUUGCCAAAGGUCAAUCGAGUGAAGAAGGCUUUAGUAAGGCAUUAAGGACUUUUGGGCGCUUUUCCGACCAGGAUAGCAUUGCCAUUUAUGAUACAUGUAAAUCUUUAAUACGAAUGGAUGAUUUUAUAGGUCGACCAGCGGAUACUUUGCCUAGCAACAAUGCUGAAACGAAGGCAGGUUUGGUGGUUCCCGUAAAACGAGCGAAUAGUUCAGAACGAGGAGCAAAUUCCUCCCUGCUAGGAUUAGAUGUUUUAGCAAGUGAAAAAAGACAUGAACAAGCUCAGAAAUCUCACGGUUUACGAGGGGGAUCACCGCCUUCUCAUGUAGGAACUGUUGGAAAUCAUGAUCGUGUGGAGUUCAAGAAACCAAAAGUUCCCUUAAAGUCAGAAAGGCCCCUACGCCGUCGAAGGAAUGAUAACAACGAAUUUGAAAACGAAGAAGGGGAUUCCAGGGAUAGGCAAUAUCUUCAACGGAAAGAUAAUAAUGGAGGUAGAAGGAAUACUGGAGAUGAAGGAUCGACGUUUCGUAAAUCUCGUAAUUCUUCUAGGGACUCCGGUUAUUAUAAUCGUGAUGAUUCCUACUAUACUUCAAGAUCAAGGCAUGAUGAUUUCAGCAAAGAAUCUUAUGGUUCAAGGAAACGAGGGCCGAGCAAAAAAUUCUUGUCUACUGGGAACAAUGAUGGAACAGCUUUUGUAUCUCAUAGUACUUGGGAUCCGCGAGAUGUGGAAUAUCCUGAAGAAGACCAUGAAAGCAUAGAGGACCGGCGUCGCUGGGAAGAAGAGCAAGCCCAUUUAGACCGUGAAUGGUAUAUGAAUUCUGAAUCCCAGAAUUUAUUAGGAGAUGAAAUGCAUAAUCCAUUCGCUGAUUUUGAGACGCAGGAAGACAAACAGAGAGAAGUCGAGUUUAUCGAGUCUCAAAAACGGCAUCUCUCCGUGCGAGCUACUGAAAGAAUGAAGGAGAAUUCAAUAUGGGAAAGAAACCGAAUGAUUACUUCUGGCAUAGCUGGUACUCCCGGGUUAGAGACAGAUUUUUCGACCUCUGAAGAAAGACGUGUGCAUCUUUUAGUACAUGAACUUCGUCCUCAUUUUCUUGACGGUGUUAAUUUUACAUUAAAACAACAAGAAAUCACUUCCGUACGUGAUCCUCAAAGUGACCUCGCUAUAAAUGCUCGUCGAGGAUCUGGCGUUGUUCGUGAACGACGGGAGUUCAGAGAACGUCAAAAAGCUGCUACCGCAGCUACGACUCUUGCUGGUACUUCUCUAGGAAACGUUAUGGGUGUCAAAGAAGCUUCGGAUGAAGAUGUUCAUAAAGAACAGAGUCGCACAUCAUCUACAGUUGCUGGCAAAAUAGGCCCAAAACAAGAGAAAUUUGACAAUUCCGCUAGGACAAAAACAUAUAAGGAACAAAGGGAGCUACUUCCUGCGUUUGCUGUUCGUGAACAGUUAUUAUCUGUUAUUAGAGAUAAUCAAGUACUUAUUGUGGUUGGUGAAACAGGUUCUGGUAAGACAACUCAGCUUUCCCAAUUCCUGUACGAAGAUGGAUACGAUACAAAUGGGAUGAUUGGUUGUACUCAACCUCGACGUGUUGCUGCAAUGUCAGUGGCCAAACGCGUGAGUGAGGAAAUGGGCGUUGAUCUUGGCUCCGUAGUAGGAUAUUCCAUUCGUUUUGAAGACGUUACCAGCCCUGAUACUGUGAUAAAAUACAUGACAGAUGGUGUAUUGUUACGAGAAUCCCUAGUUCAAAAUAAUUUGGAGCGAUAUAGUGUUAUAAUUAUGGACGAAGCUCAUGAAAGAUCACUUAAUACGGAUAUUUUAAUGGGAUUACUGAAGAAAAUAAUAUCAGUGAGAAGAGAUUUGAAAUUAAUUGUAACAUCUGCGACUAUGAAUUCACAAAGAUUCUCUGAUUUCUUCGGAGGUGCACCUCAGUUUACCAUUCCUGGUCGUACGUACCCGGUCGAUGUCAUGUUUUCUAAAGUUCCCUGUUCGGAUUACGUAGAAGCAGCAGUUCGACAGGCACUUCAAAUUCAUCUAUCUCAGCCUGCAGGUGACAUAUUAAUUUUCAUGACCGGUCAAGAAGAUAUUGAGGCUACUUGCGAAAUAAUGGCAGAUCGACUGAAUCAAUUAGACGAUGCUCCUCGACUUUCUAUUCUUCCAAUUUAUUCUCAGAUGCCCGCUGAUUUACAGGCAAAGAUUUUUGAAUCUGCCGAAUCAGGAGUCAGGAAGGUCGUUGUUGCAACAAAUAUUGCUGAAACAUCUCUUACGGUGCAUGGUAUAUCAUACGUUGUCGAUAGCGGUUACUGUAAACUGAAAAUGUACAAUGCAAAAAUGGGGAUUGAUACUUUACAGGUCACACCUAUUUCCCAAGCAAAUGCUAACCAGAGAUCCGGUCGUGCCGGUCGUACUGGGCCUGGUGUAGCAUAUCGUUUGUUCACAGAAUUAGCUUAUAUUCGCGAAAUGUUCCAAACAACUUUGCCAGAGAUUCAAAGGACGAAUCUUUCUAAUACAGUUUUGCUAUUAAAAUCUCUUGGAAUUAAAAAUAUUUUAGAUUUUGAAUUUAUGGAUCCUCCACCGAUGGAAACUCUAAUGGCGUCUUUAUAUGAACUCUGGACUUUGGGUGCUUUGGAUAAUUACGGUCAACUUACAGAGAUAGGAAAGAAAAUGUCACUUUUCCCAAUGGAUCCAUCUUUGUCGAAACUUAUCAUCAUGGCAGAAGAUUAUCAUUGUACGGAAGAGGUCAUUACCAUUGUCUCAAUGUUAUCGGUACCGUCUGUAUUCUACCGACCAAAGGAAAGGGCUGAAGAAAGUGAUGCAGCUCGAGAGAAAUUCAAUGUUCCCGAAAGCGAUCAUCUUACACUCUUGAAUGUUUUUCUGCAAUGGAGAAGAAAUGGAUGCUCUGAUUCAUGGUGUAAUAAACAUUUUUUGCAUGGAAGGAUAUUGAGGAGAGCCCGUGAUGUUCGGCAGCAAUUGGUAGAAAUUAUGGCUAAUCAGAAAAUAUCUAUCAAAUCUACUGGGUCUGAAUGGGACAUAAUCCGAAAAGUUUUAUGUUCAUCGUACUUUCACCAAGCUGCUACAGCGAAAGGUAUUGGUGAAUAUACACAUUUGCGUAGUGGAAUGCCUUGUCAUCUGCAUGUUACAUCUAGUCUUUAUGGAUUGGGUUACUUACCAGAUUAUGUUAUUUAUCACGAAUUGGUGCUUACUUCAAAAGAAUAUAUGAAUGUUGUUACAAGCGUUGACCCUUACUGGUUAGCAGAAUUUGGAGGAGUAUAUUAUUCUUUAAAAGAACGGGUUCGCAACGAGGCUGAAAAUUAUGAACGUGUGUAUUCUAGUAAAAUGAAGUUGGAAGAACAGAUUGCAACAGACCGUGAGUUGGAUGCUCAGCGGAAGCAAUCUACCAUUGAUGUACCAAAAAAACCUGCUAGAAAAGCAGUAAUACGUGCGAAGGCGCCACGUCGGGUACGGGGAUUUUAA